CAAUGGCUGAGAGCUCAGCUGCAGCUGCGGCAGCGGCAGGGACAGCAGCACCAACUGUACUAGAUGAGCUCCUGGAGAUCACAGCUCAGAGCCUGGUGCGCACCGAGGUGGCCGAGCACUAUGAAGUUAUUCGGGAGCUGGGCAGGGGCAAGUAUGGCCACGUGAUGCUCGUGACCCACAGGCAGAGAGGAACUCCUAUGGCUCUCAAGCUGCUACCCAAAGCCAGCACCAAGCUGCACACCUUCCUGUACGAGUACUGCGUGGCGCUCUCCCUCGCCACCCACCCUGCCAUCGUCGGCAUGUUUGGCAUUGCCAUCGAGUCCAGCCAGUACUACGGCUUCCUCUGUGAACCAGCACUGCACAAAGACCUCAUCUCGAUCAUCAAGCCCAGGGACGGGAUCCCCGAGCCAGCCGCCAAGCACUGCGCCCCGCGGCUCGUCAGCGCGCUGGAGUUCAUCCACAGCCGAGGGCUCGUGUACCGCGACGUCAAGCCUGAGAACGUGCUGCUUUUCGACCCCGAGUGCCGGCGCAUCAAGCUGACCGACUUUGGGCUCACGCGGCCCAGGGGCACCAAGCUCAAGCUGGUGGCCGGGGUGAUCCCCUACACCGCCCCUGAGCUGAGCAACACCGCCGACGCCCAGGGCGUGCCCAUCGACACCAGCCUGGACGCCUGGGCCUUCGGGGUGCUGCUUUUCUGCCUGCUGACUGGCUACUUCCCCUGGGAGCAGAGCCUGCCAGAUGACCCUUUGGACGGGCGCAGCGAGGGGGCUGCGGCGAAGCCCUCCAGCCUGGCCCCCAUGGCGGGGGGGAAGGCGGGUCUCACCCUGCAAGGGCCUUCGGGGUCUGGGGCACCAUGGUGGCCUGGGCGGGAGAGGCCACGGUGA